CCAUCUCGGUGCAGCCCGACUCGGUGCUUUUAAUUAAAACGAAUAAAUGCCCGCCCCCCAACUUUUGUGCGUUAUCAGAGAGGCGCCGAUACACCGGAAGGCCUCAUUUUCUCAAAUAUUUUCUCUUUGUCUUUUAAAAUUGUUGGAAGCUCACAAGUUGACAUUUUCAAGUCCUGGCGUCAGCAGCUGUUUUCACCCGAGGAUGGCUUCCCCCCCCUCUCGCCGUCCCCCCCACCCCCUGGCUUCCAGGUCUCCGGACCAGAAAGCCACGUUUGGGAUUCCCCGCGUGACUUUGAACUGGGGUCCGGGUCUAGCGUCUCCUGGUCCGGGGCCGACGCGCGGAGGAGAAGCGCUUUUCAGUUUUUCUCUCUGCUUGCAUCCUUAAUGUUAAAUCUCGGGGACUUUUAGCAAAAAUGUGUGCGCGUCGGUCUGUCCUUGUUUAUGAAGCGGUUUCCGCUGAAUGUUAGACAGAAACUAAAUAAUUAAAAGGUUUGGAGAGCACCGUGUGCAGGAGUAGAGGCUGGGAGCUUGGCCGGCCCUAGAGGGAAGUGGUCAGAGUGGAAGAAAAAAAUCGAUGCUUCCUUACUGGGCCGCUCUCAUAAACGGGAACUAAAUGGGCUCGGGAGAAACAUUAGGAGGGAGGCGGUGUGUGUGUGUGUGUGUGUGUGUGUGUGUGUGUGUGUGUUUAAUUUAGGAAUUUUCUUCCUGUCCCGUAUCUAGAAACUCAACCCUGAUUUCUAACAAACAUCAGAUUUCAGAAGACGGAGAUUCCAGAGAAGCUCCAAACCCAAGAUCGGGAGGACCCACGUUUCCACUACUUUCAAAUAAAUUUUACUAAUCUUUCUACAAUGAUUGUGUAUUAAAACACGACACCUCUCGCCCCCACUCUAACACACACACACACACACACACACACACCCCACGUUAAGGUUGAAUACUGAUGAUUUUCCUUCAUCGCACGAAAGCCAUCCUCCAGAACUUACUUUUAGGGACCCUCUCUUCUAUUUCGAGUUUUUUGUGUUUGCAGGGAAUUUUAUGGGGUGGAGGAGACAAGAGGGAAUAAUGGCUUCCGCUCAGAGAAAACCCCAAAUCAAGCUCUCAGUGCCGGCCGUGGGAUCGCCUGCGGGAGAACCCACACACUGCCCUAGGGUGAGCCGAGCAGAGCCUCGGCCUCGGAGCCGCUGAGGAAGCCCCGGCGCAGAGGAGCCUCGUCUCUGCAGAAGUCCAGCCACCCUCGCUCGCCCCCCACCCCCCGCUUUCAAAUUCGGUCCCCUUUUAUCCCUCCCUCCCUGGUUUUGGGGGAUUCCUCUUUCCUUCCUCUUCUUCUCCUUGCUAAGCGACCACUUAAAAGACUUUUCUCCCCCUCCCCUUCUUUGCUCGCCUUUCCUUCCCACCUUUCCAGCAUUGCCCCACUGAAAGCAAAUCGUUAAACGACCCCCGCCCCUCCGACGGCAGCAGCACCUGCAGCGCCUCGGAGCCCCCCCUCCCGCCUCCCCCACCUGCCCCCCGCGACCUCCCAGCCCGACCGCCCUCCCUCUCCGCGCGCGGGUUCCGGGCCCGGCGAGAGGGCGCGAGCGCAGCCGGGGCCAUGGAGGUGACGGCGGACCAGCCGCGCUGGGUGAGCCACCACCACCCCGCGGUCCUCAACGGCCAGCACCCGGACACGCACCACCCGGGCCUCGGCCACUCCUACAUGGACCCGGCGCAGUACCCCCUGCCCGAGGAGGUGGAUGUACUUUUUAACAUCGACGGUCAAGGCAACCACGUCCCUUCCUACUACGGAAACUCAGUGAGGGCCACGGUGCAGAGGUACCCUCCGACCCACCACGGGAGUCAGGUAUGCCGUCCGCCUCUGCUGCACGGAUCCCUGCCCUGGCUGGACGGCGGCAAAGCCCUGGGCAGCCACCACACCGCCUCGCCCUGGAACCUCAGUCCCUUCUCCAAGACGUCCAUCCACCACGGCUCCCCGGGGCCCCUCUCCGUCUACCCCCCGGCCUCGUCUUCCUCGCUGUCGGCGGGCCACUCCAGUCCGCACCUCUUCACCUUCCCGCCCACCCCGCCGAAGGACGUCUCCCCCGACCCGUCGCUGUCCACCCCGGGCUCGGCCGGCUCGGCGCGGCAGGACGAGAAGGAGUGCAUCAAGUACCAGGUGCCGCUCCCCGACAGCAUGAAGCUCGAGUCCACGCACUCGCGGGGCAGCAUGACCACCCUGGGAGGGGCGGCCUCGUCGGCCCACCACCCCAUCACCACCUACCCGCCCUACGUCCCCGAAUACAGCUCCGGACUCUUCCCGCCCAGCAGCCUGCUGGGGGGCUCCCCCACCGGCUUUGGAUGUAAGUCGAGGCCCAAGGCAAGAUCCAGCACAGAAGGCAGGGAGUGCGUUAACUGUGGGGCCACCUCCACCCCGCUGUGGCGACGUGACGGGACCGGGCACUACCUGUGCAACGCCUGUGGGCUCUACCACAAAAUGAACGGACAGAACCGACCCCUCAUCAAGCCCAAGCGAAGGCUGUCGGCAGCGAGAAGAGCGGGAACGUCCUGUGCAAACUGUCAGACCACCACUACCACUCUCUGGAGAAGAAAUGCCAACGGAGACCCCGUCUGCAACGCCUGUGGGCUGUACUACAAACUACACAAUAUUAACAGACCCCUGACUAUGAAGAAGGAAGGCAUCCAGACCAGAAACCGGAAAAUGUCUAGCAAAUCCAAAAAGUGCAAGAAGGCACAUGACACGCUGGAGGACUUCCCCAAGAGCAGCUCGUUCAACCCGGCCGCCCUCUCCAGACACAUGUCCUCUCUCAGCCACAUCUCCCCGUUCAGCCACUCCAGCCACAUGCUGACCACCCCGACGCCCAUGCACCCGCCGUCCAGCCUCUCCUUCGGACCUCACCACCCGUCCAGUAUGGUCACCGCCAUGGGUUAGAGUCCCUGCUCGAUGCUUCAAGGCCUCCGGGCGAGAGUCCUUCCAACCCCUUCUACGUGCGUUUUUGCAGGAGCAGUAUCAUGAAGCCGAGAUCCGAUGGAUACCCGUGUUUUGAAGGCACAAAGCAAAAUGACGUCUGCCACUUUCUCAGAGGCGCUCGCUGUGGCCUCUGUGUUCUCAGUCACUGAAUCUGGAUCCCAUUUGUGAAUAAGCCAUUCAGACUCAUCUUCCCUAUUGAACAGGGUCUCUCUAGUGCUGUGAAAACAAACAAACGAGCAAGCAACUGAGCUGAACGUUGCAUAUAACUUAUAUUGUAAGAAAUACUGUACGUUUGAAGAAGACUUUACGGCAUCCGGGGAGCUGUAAGAAAGGCAUGAAGGACGCCAAGAAUUUUAAGGAAUACGGGGAAAUCAAGUGUGGAAAUGGAGAAGAAACUAGGUCUGAUAUUCAAAUGGACAAACGGCCAGUGUUGUUUCCUUUCACUGGCCAUAGUUGUUUGAUGCAUUAAAAGAAAAACAAAAAAAAAAAAAAAAAAAAGGAAAAAAACAACAACAAAAAAAAGAAAAAAGUUGUAGGCAAAUCAUUUGUUCAAAGCCGUGGGCCUCUCUGUAUAGGAGAGUCUGUGAGUCCCAGGCAAUCAGUGUUACCACUCGCACGAUGCCGUAGAGGGGCUCAGCAAGCCUUUUCCGGGCCCACACGCUUUGUGAACAAGUCCCUUGUAAUUGUUGUUUGUAUGUAUAAUUCAAAGCACCAAAAUAAGAAAAGAUGUAGAUUUAUUUCAUCAUAUUAUACAGACUGAAUUGUUGUACAAAUUUAUUUACUGCUAGUGUUAAGAACUACUUUUUGUUUUAAUAUUUUCCUUCUUUCUCCAGUUUUUUUUUUUUUUUUUUGGUUGAAUAAACUAGACGACGUUCAGUUGACCUGAGGCGGCUGUGCUCCGGAGGGUCUAUUUUCCAUUUUGUUCCUUGAUGAUAUUUAUUAAAUAGCUUCUAAGGGCACAGCAGCAUCCGGCCCCUCCCUCCCGCACCCCGCAGCCUGUGCUAUGAGGGUAGCAGGUGUACGAGCUACCGACGUGCAUGUCAGCGACUUGGGCUGGACAGACCGGGUCCUGAGAGCGGCCUGCCUGAUUGUUAGCUCCCUGUUGUGUUCUGUGUUAGUGAUCACUGCCUUUCAUCCAGUCUGUUGGGAUAAUAAUAUAAAAGUACACAAUAAAGUGAAAAUAUUUUGAAAACAACCAAGUAACAUCGUAUCAAAGCGGUGGCCAAGCUCUUCUAGAAUCUGGUAGCUCUCGCUAAUUUAAACACAAAACCCAAACGUGUUAAGUUAGUGGCUAGGACAUCAUGCAAACCUCAGAUAGUCCACAGGUAUUCCUUUGGGAGGCUGGGCGUCUUCAGAGGUCUCUGUGCAGCCCAGAGGCUUUCUCGGGGAGUGGGGGAGGGGGGGCCGGAGGACCUUCUGUGUCCCCUAGUGCGCUGCGGCCCCUCCUGCUGGCCCGCAGGGCCUCGGGCGCCUCGCAGGAGCAGUGGGAAGAUUAACUCGCGGAGAUGCACCAGCGGACUACAGCUGAUAGAUUCCUCAUGCUUCUCUGCAAGAUGUGACGGCGCGGGGGCCGGUGCUUGAGUUCCUCUCUGUUUUCCUUUCCUACUGUUGAAUAACACCACAGUGGAGGGUUUAUUGGCAUGUUUGCGGAACACGAAAAUAACCGUUUUUUGUAACUUACGCUGUAUAGUUUCCUUUUACUCUGUUGGCAGAAUGUGUAACCAUGGCACACAUUUUAAAAUCUCUGUUAAUCGCCUCUCUGCUUUCUUAGCAAAUAUUUUAAACCUAAGGCUAAAUGUUGAAAUAAAGGAGUUAGAGACCUACUGAGCUGCAAACUGGA